AUGAAGUUUCAUUUCGCGGCUAUUCUGGCCCUUCUACCUUUGGCACUGGCCGCCAAGUCCCUCAAAUCCGUCAUUGUCACAUUUCCCAAGGGAACGCCUUCUGGGGUGGUCCAACAGGCCAAAGAUUCCCUAGUAGCAGCAAUGCUUUUUUUCAGUGGGUUUGCGGCAGAAGCUCCAGUGAAUGCCCUUCAGACCCUCUCUACGGCAUCCACCCAGUACAAACCGGAAAUCGAAGAGGACAAGGUGGUUACUAUAAAUGGAGAAUUUGAGGGCUCUAAACAUUCCUUUUAA